AUGGCAAGCGACGAGGACUUGGAAACCCAAGCGCAGGCGAUGGCCGAAAAAACCCUGCCAAGUAGCCUUCCAGCUGCUGCUCGCGCAGCGAAGCAGCCGACUCUAACCCAAAAGAUUUUGGAAAGACUCAAAAAGCAGCGUGACGAGCAGAGCAUGCAGAGCAAAGAGAAAGCGACAACAGUUGCAACGAGUCCUAUCGCUGCAGCUGCGCCAGUGCCGCCACCACCUCCACCGUGCAAGCCAGAGAUCCUUCGCAUGGAGGGGGUUGAGCUGUUUGGCGACGAGCUGUGGUUUGACGAUGGGGGCACCAGGAGACGAUUGCGGGAGUCAGUCGUCGAAGCUCACCGGGAAGAGAAAAUCUUGGUCGGCCCAGCAGCUGACGAGGUCGAGCGGAUUUGCCCUUCUAGCGGCCGAGUACUAGGUGCAGGAGCCGUGCUGCGGCUGGGUGGUGCGCACCAAGGUGGCUACGGAGAGCAGGAUGUGGCUUAUGCAUAUCGGCAGCUGGCGCGAGCCCUGCAUCCGGACAAGAACCCCAACAUCCCGACAGCGGGGGCUGCCUUCAAACGCUUGUCCGAGGCCGCGGAUGAGCUCCGGCAAGGUUUGACGGAGCAGCGAGAGGUGUUGAAAACACUUGUGGCUUUCGCAGGACGCCAGACGACGACAGAGAUGUUGGAGAGACCGCAGGAAGCCAUUUUUGCAGAAGCCUGCCGGGUGCUCCAUACCGUCAGCACCACUGCCGGUGAAGGCCACAUCGACAGGCCUGCUUUGAACCGUGCAGCCGCAGUCAAUUCUCAAAAGGCAUUACUCUUGGCUUCCGAAUGGUUCCAAAAGUCGCAAUUGCUUGAAAUCUUCGGGACAACGUCCGUAAGGACCGCGUAUGACUGUGCUCCCAAGCGAUAUCGUGCGCAAUUCCUUUGCCUUAUAAACCGCCUUCUUAUCGUUGAGGCCAGGCAGUUCGGAGAUGGUCAUAUCCGGGCAGGAUGGAAUUCCAUCAUGCAGAAUUUUCCAGAACUUGGACUUUGGCGUGAGUUUAGAGAUUCUCUGUCCGUGCACGUCUGGGACAUUAGCAAAGAUCCGGCAGAGGCAUUUGAAAGAGUCUAUGCUGACGAGGACGAAGAGAAGGAUGCCGCCAAGGAGCCAGCGCUGGACAGCCGGACAAAAGCACAACGGCUCCUGGAGUUCUAUUGGCAAACCUGUUCCGGGCCUACUUUUCAAACAGCACACGACAAGCUUAGGCACCGUGGGAAGAUGACCUUGCAUCUUGGGAUCAUGCAGCUCAUGGAGGAAGCUACACAGGAGGUUGUCACGAAAUUGAGCUUGAAAGAAGGCAAGGAGUGGAAGUUCAAACAAACGGUGGAGCUAGUCAAAGAACAUGCAGAUGAUGAUGACAUCCGACAGAAAGCCUUGGAGCUGGAACGCAUGGUGGAUUAUCCUGCAGGAAAGCUGUUCGGUAUUCGUGAUGAGCGGCGUGCCGGGAGGAGUGAGCGACCUAGUCGUAGCCGCAGUCGGCGUCGUCGGAGCCGCAGCGCAAGUCAUGCAAGUCGAAGACGGCGGCGGCGGCGAAGCAGCAGCCGCCGGAGCAGCCGCAGCCGCCGCCGUGAUCGACGUGACCGUCGCGGCGAGGGCCGAGAGGGAAGGCCCAGAGACGCGAAGCCUGAGAAGGACGUGAGAGGCGAAGCGCCCGACGCCGACAGCUCCAAGCCCUCAGAUGUGAAGCGCGGAGUAGUGCGCAUGCGCAGCAAGUGGGACGUUGCGGAAGGGGGCAGCAUACGCGUGCCUGGGCGAACGGCCGAUGGAAGGCCUACAUAUCGUCGGCAAUGGGAUGCAAAAGAUGGUGACGCAGCACGGGCCUGCGCCGCCUGGGCCAGACCUUGGCGCUUGGCCAUAGCUGCCUUGCUUCCUAGUGGGUUCGAUGCUGCCCUGCCCUUGACACAUCCCGACAUUCGCAAAUUAACUGCCGUCCUUUGGAAGCACAUUCUCAAGUGGGAAGGAAGUGAGAGCAGAUGUCUUGGACUGUUCAAAGCAGAUGCUCAGACGCCGCAGACAUUUGGCUGGGCUGGCAGGUCCAAGUCUACCCGCGGACUUGAUCCGGGCUUGGCGCCCUGUGAAUGGGCUUUUGUUCCAAUGUCAGACCUCCUGCUGGUUGUCGGGGAGGGCAUUGUCGGCAUUACUUCGGAAGGUAUCUUUAGUGCUCAUUUUCCCGGGCACCAGCGUUUCACUCUGGACGAAUAUCUGCAGCAAGAAGAGGUCCCAGGUUUGUCGCCAUCUGCGACUACGUAG